CACCCACCUUCCGGCUGCUUCGUUUCGCCGUUCAGUUCCUGGUAUGUAGUGCAGAGAACUGAAUGAAAGUAUUGAUGCUUUCUUUUGCUUCUCAAAGAAAAAUGCAGCCAAAACUCCAAAUGCUCAAGCUCCAUCGAAAAGCCCUCUUUGCUAAACCCCUCCUAGCCAACUACUUACUACCUAAACUCCUAUGCACCCUGUCCGAGUUAACUCUCGCUUGUGACUCACCCGACUCUCCUCAGCCCCGGCCUUCUAUCCUCUCAACUUGGCUCAAUAACGACCAGAAGCCAAAAGUCAGAAAACCGACCAGCGGACAUUUUGCUAAUCCUUCACAUGCCAACUGCGACAAAUAUCCCAACACUGAGUCCCACAAAAAUAUUGCUAGUCUCUCGCUAUUAUCGGAAGCAAGCGAUAGUGAUGUGCAUAAAGCGGGUGAAAUCCUAAAGAAACACUACUCAUCUGAGGAUGCUGUUGUCGAAGCGUUAAAUGAGAGUGGUAUCAGUGCAACACAUGAAUUGGUCUCGCAGCUUUUGAAGAGAUUUAGCAAUCAAUGGCUGGUGGCUUCGGGGGUUUUCAUUUGGGCAAAAAAUCAAACAGGUUUUGUGCAUAAACCUGAGAUAUAUAAUUCCAUGAUUGAUAUAUUAGGGAAGUCCAGGAAAUUUAGUCUUAUGUGGGAUUUAGUUCAGGAAAUGAGUGGACUAAAUGGGUAUGUUUCAUUGGUUACCAUGGGGAAAGUAAUGAAGCGUCUCGUUAGAGAUGGCAAGUACAGUGAAGCUAUUGAUGCAUUUAGAGGAUUAGAGAAAUUCGGUUUGAGUAAAAGCACAGAGGCAAUGAAUGUGCUGAUGGAUAUUUUGGCUAGGAACGGUCGUGUUGAGGAUGCUCGUGCUGUGGCUUUAGAGUUUGAGUAUUGUUUAAAUUUAGAUUAUCGUAGUUACAAUAUUUUGUCAUCUGGAUAUUGCAAAGCAAGGAUGUUUGGUGAUGCAAGAAAGACUAUGGAAGAAAUGGAGGAACGUGGUUUUCAUCCUAAUGUUGUUUCGUACACCGCUUUCAUUGAAGCAUACGGUGAGCAGAAGGAUUUUCGAAAUGUUGAAAUCAUUUUAAAUGAGAUGCAAGAGAAGGGUUGCCCUCCUGAUUUGAUUGCAUAUACUGUUUAUAUACGUGUUCUUGGGAAUGCGAGGCAAAUAAAUAAAGCUUUGGAAGUCUGCGAGGAAAUAAAGAGACAUGGUUUCGUGCUUGGUACUCAGUUCUACUGUUCGUUAAUUCAUAGUUUAUGUCUGUCUGGAAGGCUCAAGGAUGCUUGGAAUAUUUUUGAGGACGUGGAAAAGAAAGGAGUUGGUCGGGAUUUGGGGAUGUAUAAAGCCAUGAUUUCUGCUGCUUGUGCACUUUCGCAGGAUGAGAGUGCUUUAAAGCUGCUCCACAAAAUGGAGGAAGACUCUUGCAAACCAGAUGUCCAGACUUAUGCGCCUCUGUUAAAGAUGUGUUGCAGGAAGAAGAGCAUGAAAAUGCUCAAAUUUCUGCUGAAUCACAUGUUUGAGAACGAUGUCAGUAUUGAUAUUGUUACAUACGACCUAUUGGUGCACGGCCUCCGUAAGCAAGGGAAACUCAAAUACGCUUGCUUCUUCUUUCAAGAAGCAGUGUUGAAGGGAAUGGUCCCUUGUGAUAAGACAUACAAGAUUUUGUUGGAGGAACUUGAGAGAAAGAAUAUGGCAGACAUGAAGGGAAAGAUUGAGAAGUUGAUGAUACGGGCAAAGGAGCUAAACAGGAUUUAGGCCUUGCAGGAUGCUUACAUUAAUCUGAGCCCAGCAGCAUGCUUGUUGUCGAUUCUAUAACUGUUCGAACCCGAGUGAAGAAAGCGAUCCUAGACACAGUUUUUAACUGGACACAUAAUGAACAGCACAAUUGUUUGAUGAGAAAGCCUUGAAUUUUAUCUAAGGUUAUGUUAAGUAUGUUUAGUUAAGAAUAAAUCUUGACUUAAAUCAAAAGUUUAUUUUAAAUUUGAGUAAAAUUUUGAUUUAAUUUUAAAAUAAAAGCUUUAACUGU